CACUCCCUUCAAUUCAGCCCUCAACAGAAAUCGUUGUUUCUCUUAGACCUUUGCUUUCUUGGCUAAUUACAGGUCUGCCACUCCCGGUUAUGAUAGCCGCCGGAAUCCGGGAAUCUGAGAGCGUCUUCUCCUCUCCAGCUCUCGGCUUCCCCCGCGUCCGUUUCUUCCGCUACCGCCGCCUGAGGUAACCCAACUUUCCGACCAAUACACCAGCUUUACAUAUAUUAAAUAAUUAUACAUACAUAUACACGUAUCUAUUCCGAGUUCGAAUAUCUUGUUGAGAUGCCUUCUCCAGCGAAGAGUAAUCAUCGGAAAGGAACGGGGGAGAAGAAUAGGAAGGGAAAAUUGGCGGAGAAAGCGCAAUCGUUUCACGCCGGGAGUAUUUCAGCUGGAAAAGUUGGACAGAUGUCGUUGUUGCAGAGGCCAAGAACGGUGCCGGACUUGCUGUCCGGUAAGGAAGUUGUCCAGAAGAGCUCUUCGUAUGAGGAAGUGUCCCGGCCUCUGAAGCUCACGAAGCUUCUCCUCAACGUGACGAUUCAGAGGAGCCUGGGACCCGUUCAGGUGGUGAUGUCGCCGGAAUCAACGGUGGAGGAGCUCAUUGCGGCGGCUCUCCGGCAGUACUCCAAGGAAGGCCGACGUCCGAUUCUGGCAGCCAAUGAACCUUCCGGAUUCGAUCUUCAUUACUCUCAGUUUAGCUUAGAAAGUUUGAAUAGGGACGAGAAGCUGAUGGCAUUGGGGUCAAGGAAUUUCUUUCUGUGCCCCAAAAAGUGCGGCGCCACGGAAAGUGACGGUGCUGUAACGGCGUCGUCUUCGAGCUGUAAGGGGCAAGCUGAACGGGCUACUCCUAAGUUUGGGCUGCCUUGGCUCAAGUUUAUGGAAUUUAUGCUGUGAAAUCAAAUGUCACAGAGCCUUUUUUUUAGUAGUUAGUUAGGGCCCUCUAGCUUUGUGUUGUUGUUCCAAUUUGAAACUGGUGAAAAUUUAGGCGUAAAAUUUGUGUGUAAAUUUAUAGUUGAAUUGGGAAGAGGGCACUCUUUAAUAUCUGAGGUCCUCAGCAAUUAGCAUGAUUUUCCAGCUUCGAGAAACGAGCAACAAAAUUAUUAUUAUGUAAAUAUGUCUUCUCUUGAUCUUUUUCAAGUUAUUCAAA